AUGAAUACAAAAUACCAUGACUCUCAAGUCAGCAAAGCUCCGGAUGCGCAAGAAACAUCUUCUCCAUGCGCACCGGCUAGGCAUGGCAACAUCAAUAUCAUGGAUGGUGCUUCUGACUCUCCUGAUGAGACGCCCUCGCCUGCACGAAGUCGAGCUUCCAGCCACUCGAUUAUGAGAUCGAACCUUGCUCGGCUUUGGCGAGUACGAUUCCUAUCAGUCGAGGAUUUGAGAUCUAGACAAAGCUCCACAUCCCAAGCUGACGAGGGCUCUCUCAAGCGAGACAACGACCAGUUCACCAAUCCUUUUGGCAAUGAACAGACCCCAUUGUCAAGCAGGCAUUCGAGCUCCUCUGAUGCGACAGCUUACCUCCGUCCCAACGCAUUUGCCGGACAUCGGGAUACAUUGGCGAGACUAUCUCAGUAUGCCUUCGUGCGUGGCAAGUACGUUCACGGGCAUAUCGAGCCGGACGGCUCUGCUUUCGCAUCAGUAGAUCUGACGCAGCAGCCACGUCUACAUCUGUCGAUCUCUCGAAAACGCUCGAGUGUCCAUGCGGAUAUAUUUCUCCCUCAACCGAUUGUCGACGCUGACUACAAGGCUCUUCGCUUGGUUUGCCGCCAGUGGCAUGUCGGCCUCUCAUUGCCUCGGUUUCCGGCAAUAUUGCAACAUAUCUACUCAUACCUUUCACUCUGCGAUUUUGAUGCGGCUCGACAUACCUGCAGAUCAUGGCUCUUGGCCAGUCUGGACAAGAAUGUUCAAGAACCGUUACUCAGAUCAAGUGGGUCUGAAAGCGCCCUGACGGCCGACAUUCAAUGGCUGACGGAAACCGACAACCAGAGAGAAGACCUGAGUCGUUCGUCAAGCCCUUUUGAGGAUGAGAACCAGGUUGUCGUCAACAAGGAAUGGGUCUGUUCGAAGAGGCUUGCCACUGAAAGCAGACUAUCCCCGGAGUGGAGAGGUUCUCCUCCGUUAUGGCUGAUGGAGGAAGUUGACUUUUCGAAGAUCAUUUCUCAGGAUGCUCUAAGCGGCAGAACGAGAUUCACUACCGAUAUCUCGUUGUACUCAUUGUGCGAACCAGAACAAUCAGUAGCCCCAGUUGUGAGCAUGGACACUAGCUCGGAGAGAUUUUCUGUAGCGGCACUACUUUCGGGUCCGCUCCAGACGCGAUAUCGGAACAGCUCUGGAGAGCCUCUCAACCUUGGCUUACAAACAUACGUCCAGGGAUCCGCUACAUUCUCACCAAGGGGCCCACGCUCCUCUGAGUGGUCAGUCGAAGACGAGGAGUUGCUCGCCGCCGAACCGCCAGCCUACUCUGCGACGCCACCUGCAGUACUGAGCGGAUCUUCCUCUACAGGAUUUGACGAGACUCCGGAACGGGACGACCUUGAGGAGAACGAUGCGGAGGACGACGAAGGCAGCGAUCAUGUAGGACUGGGCAUACCUAUCGAAACUCGAGCAACGGCUGUUUACACCGACCUCGGUAGCCCAGAUGAUCUCCCGAGGAGCGUGGCAAUCUGCCCAAAUCGCAAAUGCGUGGCUUUCGGAUGUCGUAUGGGCAUUGAACUCCACUGGAUCGACGCCGUUACAGGAGGUAGUCUGAACCGCUGGUUCCCACUUGCCGCCCCUAGUGAUCAUUUGUACUUCCUUCCACAACGGCUGGGGAUCGACUCGAGAAAGAAGCUACGAUUGAUUUCGAGUGCGGCAGGCCCAGUGGCCCCUCAAUUGCUUCGAAGCGAUAGUUCACCCGCAAUAUGGAAGUACUGGCCUAUGCCCGCUGCCCAUGGUCGGCGACAGAGCUUGACCAGGCUAUUCUUUGGCAAUCUGCCAUUUCCAACAUCUGCUUCUCCUUCGUCAAGAUGGCCACGAUCUUCUACACGAGCGCAAAGCGACGAAGUGCAAGGGGUUCUGAGGACCGUUGAUUGUGAUCAUUUUCGCGCAAUUCCAGUCAGCGAUGGUUCUCACGUUAUUUUUACAGACCCAUCGAAUGGAUUACUGUGCUUGGGCAGCGAUGCACCUCUGGGUGGCCCGACCAAGCUCAUUCGGAAGGUUGUUUUUGCACCACCUCCCCAUCCAGAAGGCACACAAUGCUCUCCGAUACGGUACACAGCCGGUAAAGCUCUUCCAUGGGGCCUACGUAUUGUUGCUGUCUAUGACGACGGACAAGUCGUGCUUUACAACAUACCGGCAGACCUGUUCAAACGUAUGCAAGAUUUGCAUACCUCUGCCGAUGUUUGGGACGAAACUUCUGGUGUCAUUGGGCAAAGUGACCUGCUCAUGGACUCUUGGAUGACCAGCCACCCGAACGCGUCAAUCGAACCUCAAACUGGCAAUGAAGCUGCCAACAGUAGUGCAACCUCAGCAAGCAAACCACUUCAGAUAAGCGGUGCGACAUUGUUUACUGUUGAAGAUGACUUCGUUGAUGAUCUUGCUGUACAAACUGAUGGCGGUGGCUUGUCGCUUUGGGUCUUCUACAGAAUUGGCCGAGCAGAACGAUACAGCAUCUACAGUCCUCGCGGUCACCAGAAGACAGUGAAACUUGUUGGUGAGAACGGGCUUGUCUACGACGUCACGGAGAAAGCGAUUACUCAAAGCUCCCUUGAGAUAAUCAAUCGCUCCCAGCCUGAUCAGCUUGGUCGUGCACCCAUUCGCGAAUGA